AGUGAAUGUUUGUGUGUUUGGUAUUGCUCUGCUAAAACACAUUAUCGCAACUUUAUGCAUAGCAUAUUAUGGGUUCUCCGUCCUUGGAACCAUUGAGUCCCGCAAACUCCUUUCGUCGGGUUGAAAGAAAGGGGACUACCGGCAGACUGCGAGCUCAUUCCGAACAUUAUCUGUGGCUUUUCGGGCAGAUGCAUGCUAAGCGAUUUCUUGUUUUCGCUCAUCUCUUGUUUCUGGCAUUAUCCGUAUGGCUGCUGUGGAAUGUGAGUGCAGUCGAGUUUGCAGGCCUACCUGUGCCAGGCCUUGAUGGACUUCUACCUUUUGAUGUGCCUGUUCGCGAAGCUUUGCGUGAAGGAGACAACGAUUCUCUAUUUCUGUCACAUGCGGAUGUGAAGCCAUAUCUAGACACCUCUCGAACCAUUGCAUCUCUUCUCGGCUACAUGUACUUUUUCAGCACUUUGAUGGGUUUAGCAGUCAUGCGAGCUAUUGAUGGUGUCUGGCAACGUGAUGGUGUUUCGCCACUCUUCUGCGUUAAUCCUGCUUUGUUUCUUUUGCCAUUUCUAUUCAGUGUCCUCUCGCUAGGAGGAAUGUUGUUUCUGUGGUCGGUGCGCAGCGGUAGAAUGCAAUUGUACGAACUUGAGCUUGCUCCAGCCAACUAUAGUUUCCUUCUCAUCAUCAUAGAUGCUUUCCGCUUCACAUUCUUGCCAUGUUUGCUACUAUGGAUGAUCUACUCUUAUUUCGUAUAUGGCUGUCUUUUGGGUUUUAUGUACACGUAUCGCCGUGCAGAACAAUGGCGUUCUCAAAAGAACGGCGCAGUUGCUGCUUCGCUUAGCUGGUCCUUCAGAGUUCCUUCAGAACGUUCGUCUGUGCUGCAUCGCUUCAAAGAACGCACAAACGCAAAACCCGGGUUCCUUUCACGUCUAAACGCUGCCAAUCGCAGCUGGCAUAGCAGCAAAAGUGCAGAUAACCCAACCUUGCGUGCUUACUCCAGGAAAUGCGAUGAUGAUGUAUGCCCUUCGGUUCUCUCUGACGACAUGAACACCACUUAUGGUUCCGAAAAUAGUCUUGAAAAUAAUAAUCUGAAUCGUUCCAUCUGUGCGUUCAACUUAUCGCAUCGACUUCUGGACACCGUUGUAGAGGAAGCGGAAAGCCAGGAAAGUACCGGACAAGAGAUGGUGGUUGUUGUAUUGCUGUGAAUUUGGAGCUUAGUGGGAGCAAUAGAUAGAAGUGAUUUGAUCAUGCUUCUAAACAUUAGAGUUUUCGUAUUUUGUUACAUCAGCAUAUCGGAGUGACUAAAGCACAUCUAUAUAUCGCUGGAAUGAUAUCCAGAGAACACCUGCUAGCGCUGGCAUAAAAUUGCAAUCGAUCUCUUGUUUUUUUGUAAAUCUCUAGUUGUUCAUUGUUCUUUGUUGUAUGUGCAUGGUAUUAUCUCGUUUUGUUCUCGUAUUUUUUUCUGUUAUUGUUACAAAAUAACCUGUUUUUCCCCAUUUUUGAAGAAGGUGCUUCAUUUUCUUUGUAGUGAUGUUCUUAUUUGUCAUCAAAUCUCUGUCUGUAUCUUAGCAAAUGAAUAUACCAGCUAUCCACUGCAAU